AUGACGCCCCAGGACUCCGGUCAGCAGAACAACGCUGCCUCCAAGAAGAAGAACAAUAAGAAGAAGAAGAGUGCGAACAAGCCAAAGCCCGCCGAAGAUGAGCCCAAGAGCGUAGAUACCACCCAGAAUGGCGACGACGACGAUGGGGAUCAGUCGGACAGCCCCGACUCGCCCACAGUGAAUGCGCCCUCGAAUGGCCAUGCUGCACCACCAACAGCCAACGGGCACCCUGCCGAGAACGCAACCAAGACAGCCUCCUCUCCCGCAAAAGAGGGCCCCAGGCCAGCCUCCUCGGACAGCCCAGACACGAGCGCAAGGUUAGAGGCCAUGUCGCAGGAGCGGGAAGCCCUCCGCGCCGAGGUCGAGCAGCUUCGCAAGCAGCUAGAGACGAUACAAGGGACGCACAGCAAUGAGACGUCGCAACUGAGGUCCGACCUCGAGAAGAGCGAGGAGGCGAGGGAGCAGGCCGAGGGGCAGUACGAGACCCUCAAGGGCCGAGUCGAGAAGAUCAAGGAAACGCUGCAGAGCCGGUUGGCACGGGAUAGGGAAGAACUAGAGGAGGCCAACAAGCGCGUCGAGGAGCUCGAGUCCCAGAACGAAGAGCUGCAAGGCGGCACCCAACGCUACCAAGACGAGAUCGAUGGGUUGAAGACGGAGCUACAGGAUGCCACGCGCGAACUAUCCAGUCUCAGGAGUCGGAGCAACCUCACACAGCACAACUCCCUCAAGGAGAAGGAGGACAUGCAACGGCAGCUCCAGCACCUAAGAGAGGAGGCGGAGGCUGCCAAGGACGCCAUGGGCGACUGGGAGGUCCUGGCCAUGGAGGAGCGGUCCGUUCGUGAAACACUGGCCGAGAAGACAGCGGCGCUCGAGGAGCAAGUAUCGUCCUUGAGGGACAGCUACGAGCGGGCCGCGUCGGAACGAGACACGCAGUCCCAGGCCGUGGACAGCCUGCAACGCGCGCUGCAGGAGAUCCAGGACGCGCGGAAGAAGGAGCUGCGCGAGAUGGUAGAGGCCUCGGAGGAGCAGCUCCAGGCCCUGAAGAAGCUCGUCAAGGACGCCGACACCCGGGCUUCCGAGGCCGAGACGCUGAAGGACUCGCUGCAGAAGGAGCUGGAGCGGACGACGCCCUUCGAGAAGGAGGUCAAGGAGAAGAACCUCCUGAUCGGUAAGCUGCGGCACGAGGCUAUUGUCCUCAACGAUCAUCUCACCAAGGCGCUGCGGUACUUGAAAAAGACCAAACCCGAGGACAGUAUUGACCGGCAAAUCGUCACCAACCACUUCCUGCAGUUCCUGGCACUGGACCGGUCGGACCCCAAGAAGUUCCAGAUCCUGCAGGUCAUCGCGGGCCUGCUCAACUGGACCGAGGAGCAGCGCGAGCAGGCCGGGCUGGCGCGCCCCGGCACCUCGAGCAACAGCCUGCGCCUGCCCACGUCGCCCUUCCACCGCACCCCGAGCACGCCCUCGCUCACCACCGAGUUCUUCGCCGACACGGCCCCCGCCUCGGCCACCAAGGAGUCCCUCGCCGACCUGUGGGCCGGCUUCCUCGAGCGCAGCGCCGAGGAGGGCAAGGACGCCGCCUCCCGCAAGGGCAGCGUCUCCAGCAUCGCCACGCGGCCCGACACGCGGGGCGGUUCGGGCCCGGGUCAGGGCCCGUAG